AUGGCGGACGCGCUGUACAACGACUACAAGAACAACUGCGAGGAGUACAUGAAGACGGUGUCCUACACGGAGAGGAUCCUCCAGGACAAUAACUCCGAUAAGCACAAAUUGAUAAACAUUUACGAGAAGGCCAUCCGAAGCGCAGAAAAUAUGUUCAAGAGAAUGCAGCUGGAAGUAGAAGCAAAUUCGCUCAUAGGAAAUAAGGAGAGCGAUCUCAACGACCUGCACAGGGAGAUCACCGAGUAUAAAGGCAAGUUAAAUAUACUUAAGGAAAGAUUCCUCGCCAAAGAAAGAGAAAAAACUCAAAUCAACAGCAACUAUGAUGAUAGAGUACUCCUACUAAGCGAUGUGGAUCUCCUUGAAGAAGGAGACAUGUAUAUAAAUCAGUCCAAAAUUUUAUUAACAAAUGCAGAAUAUAUAAGUAACGACGUGUUGCAAAAUUUGAACAAACAGAGGGACUCCAUAAGAAGAGGUUUAUCCAACAUGCCUUUCAUUAAAGACAAAUUAGAUCAAGCAAAAAAUUUGGUCCACCUGAUAAAGAAAAAGCAAGUCUUAAACAAAUACCGACUGUAUAUCAUUUUUAUUUUCAUAUUUUUAACAUUCAUUCUUGUUAGUGGAGUUAAGUAUAGGAGGUAUGUGAAUAGCUUGAAUCGUGAGCCUACACAACCGCCUGACAAUCCUCUUACCGAUUCUAUGGGUAACAUUACACAGUUCAACACACCGCCCACUCCCGCAAGUGCAUCAGCAGUUAGCACGACUGAAACAGACAACGAGAAGAAUAAACCCCAAAACAUAAAUGAGGCGAAUAUUAUUGUGUACGAUUUUAUUGAGAAGAAAAAAGACCACGUGGAGGGAAGCGGCACGAUUGGCAGUGACGCGCAGCCCCCAAACGGUGAAGGUAGUAGUGGCAUGAGUGGCAGUGAUGGAAGUAGUGCGGACCAAGCCACAGAUAAGGAAGGACAGACGGAGGGGAGCCACCCCGAUGGGCACACAAAGGGGCACAGUGAGGAUGAUAAGGGGGUGAACCAUAAUGGGCAUGUGGAAAAAGAUCAACUGGAAAAGGAAGAGCCACACGAAAGUGAAACACUUUCCCCCCUCCCUGAGGAUAGCAAAAAGGAGCAGAAUUAA